AUGAGCGCUUCUAUAUCAAGACACUUUGUGGCUGAGAAAGUGAAGGCGCUGUGCGUCGUGAGCGAUGUGCACUACGCGUCUGAUAAGCUUCAAAACGAGCAUGAAGGGCUUCCUCUAAUAGCAGCUGGUGGUUGGGACCGUGAGACCAACCACAUCACACUGCACUUGCCUGUGCGUCCUACACGUGACGAGAAAGAGUUGCACAAAGAGUUCAAAGGAGGGGAUAGCGAGGCGCGCCCGUGUGAGCUGAACACGUUGGCUGAGGUAGAGCAUGAGGGAGAUGUAAACGCGUUGCGUGUCGUGACCGCCCGAGGCGAACCGUUGCUGGCCAGCGCGUCGUCCGCAGGCGGAGUCUUCGUCUUCCACCUCACUGGGGCUGACGAUGCUAACAUGACUGAUGGAGGCUCGGUCAGACCGUUGACCAUGCUAGCUAUGCCGCAGUGGGAACAAGUUUUUGCCGGUACAUCAGCCACUUGCGUUGAAGUCAGCGAAAACCGCAUGAGCCUUGUGACGGCGAGCGCGAUCGGAACUCUAGCGUGGCUCAAGCUGGACGACCUUGCAAGUGUCGACAAAAUUGAAAACAAGAACGCGAGCAGACUGCCGAUAAAUGCAGUAAAGUUUCUUGGCCGUGACUCUGUUGUCGCUACCGUCGGCUCAGCUCCUGCAAGCCAGCUACGAGUAUGGGACAUUGCAGCAAAUAACCAGUUUCCUGUCAUGAUAUGUGCCGAUCCCAGCUCGAGGGGAAUCUUGACCACGCUAGAGACGCACCCGACACAGCCUGAACUAUUAAUCACUGGAGCUGAUGACGGUCGUGUAAUGUUUUGGGAUCGCCGCAAACUUAGUGCACCGUUCCGAACUGAGGCAUACCACCAACGUGCGAUUCGAGCACUGAAGCUCCACGCUGCGUCGCCUCGGUACCUCUAUACGGGUGGUGACGACACUGUGGUCAUGUCCUGGGACUUUCAUCAUGGUCGCAAGCUUUGCAAUCCCAUCGAGUACGAGCGGAGCAGUGAAUCGACAGCCAGCCAGAAUUCAACCCCGUUUGACUCGUGUGCUACUGCUUUCAACGGAGUUUCUAAGGGGCGUGGAAGUUUGUGCGUCCAGCAGCUCGCCUCGGGGUCGCUACCAUGGAACGCAAUGGCACUGCACGCUGAUUCUGACACACUUGUUGUAGGCUCCGAUGCACAGUCCAUAGUGAUCGUGCAGCAAGUUUCAAAGUGGAAGCAAUAA